CGUUUCCCGUUUCCGCGCCACGCAACGUGCCACAUUACGAACGCCUCGUAAGGGGUAACUCUAUCAGGCGGAUCGGAAGUUCUCGUGCAAGCUCGAGCCGGCUCGCGCUGGCUGUCUCGCAAGCGCGCCAGCCGUGGUAUCGAUUGGAGCCGGCGCGGCGCUCGGGCGAAUCCGCCCUCGACUCGUCGCUCCUCGUAAGCUCGUCGCGAGCUCGCGGUCGCCAGCGUCUACUACGGCGCGUCUCGAGCCGGCCCAGGAGAAGCUUCCCGCCGCGGAAGUGAAGGGACCGUGUGUCGACGAGCAACAGUGCGCUCGGACGUAAGGACAAAAGCCGAUCGGCCGGCCAUUACGUGAGAGCCGCGUAGAUCGUUACACCGUACAGAGAUCACCGAGAGUUCAACCGGACGCGACUGCUACGUGGUGCGCGCUCAACUCAUCAUCGGCUCGUCCCUGGCUGUACGAGACUCCUCCGGGGUAGGUAGGUCGCUCGCGUGAUCAGGGCCUAGGGCCGCGCUCGAUCGAGGCAACACAGUCGAUCGGUAGUUAGAGCGCCUCGACAAUGGGCAAGGAGAAGAUCCACAUAAACAUCGUGGUGAUCGGCCACGUGGACUCGGGCAAGUCCACGACGACUGGCCACCUGAUCUACAAAUGCGGUGGCAUCGACAAGCGGACGAUCGAGAAGUUCGAGAAGGAGGCGCAGGAGAUGGGCAAAGGCUCGUUCAAGUACGCCUGGGUGUUGGACAAGCUUAAGGCGGAGCGUGAGCGCGGCAUCACUAUCGACAUCGCCCUGUGGAAGUUCGAGACGGCCAAGUACUACGUGACCAUCAUCGAUGCGCCUGGGCAUCGCGACUUCAUCAAGAACAUGAUCACCGGUACGAGCCAGGCGGACUGCGCGGUGCUGAUCGUCGCGGCCGGUAUCGGCGAGUUCGAGGCCGGCAUCUCGAAGAACGGCCAGACCCGCGAGCACGCGUUGCUCGCCUUCACGUUGGGCGUGAAGCAGCUGAUCGUCGGCGUCAACAAGAUGGACAUGACCGACCCGCCGUACUCGGAGACCCGCUUCGAGGAGAUCAAGAAGGAGGUAUCGUCGUACAUCAAGAAGAUCGGUUACAACACCGCCUCCGUCGCCUUCGUGCCGAUCUCUGGCUGGCACGGCGACAACAUGCUCGAGCCGUCCCCGAAGACGCCCUGGUACAAGGGCUGGAAGGUCGAGCGCAAGGACGGCAACGCCGACGGCAAGACGCUCAUCGAGGCUCUCGACGCUAUACUGCCGCCGUCCAGGCCCACCGACAAGGCCCUGCGACUGCCUCUUCAGGACGUCUACAAGAUCGGCGGGAUCGGUACCGUGCCCGUCGGUCGCGUAGAGACCGGUAUCCUGAAGCCAGGUAUGCUGGUGACGUUCGCGCCAGCCGCCCUCACGACCGAGGUGAAGUCGGUCGAGAUGCAUCACGAGGCUCUGACGGAGGCCCUGCCUGGCGACAACGUCGGUUUCAACGUGAAGAACAUCUCCGUGAAGGAGCUGAGGCGCGGCUACGUGGCCGGCGACUCUAAGAAUCAGCCGCCCCGCGGCGCCGCCGACUUCACCGCCCAGGUGAUCGUGCUGAAUCACCCGGGACAGAUCAGCAACGGCUACACGCCAGUGCUCGAUUGCCACACCGCUCACAUCGCCUGCAAGUUCGCGGAGAUCAAGGAGAAGUGCGACCGCCGUACCGGCAAGACCACCGAGGAGAACCCGAAGAGCAUCAAGAGCGGUGACGCCGCCAUCGUGAUGCUGCAGCCGACCAAGCCGAUGUGCGUCGAGGCCUUCCAGGAGUUUCCGCCCCUGGGCCGCUUCGCGGUCCGCGACAUGCGUCAGACCGUCGCCGUGGGUGUUAUCAAGAGCGUCACCUUCAAAGACACCCAGGGCAAGGUAACAAAGGCCGCGGAGAAAGCCCAGAAGAAAAAGUAACCAUCAAGCUUCCUCGGAAGCUCGCAGUCCGCCGGCCGGUGCCCCGCAGGCGUCCCCGCGCAUGGACCCACCACCACCACUACCACCACUACUGUCAGGACGCAGCACGCCGCGGCUGCUCCACUCGACUCAUACUCGACUAAUACCAAAAGUCAUAAGAUGUUGUGCUUACCCCCGUUACAUUACCCGGUAGUGUUGAACCCGCGCAUCUAUCCGAAUCUGCACAUUCAGUUCACCCACGCCCCGCGCACGCCUCACAUAUGCUAGGAGGAAGCGUUGCCCGCGCGUUUUACUCGCAAUUUCAUUAAUUACUACAAGUAUUGACGAUAUGUGUCCGAUUGAUUACCAAGAGGUCAUAAAUAAUGAAAUAAAACAAAAAAGAAGUAACUAAAAAAACGUAAAACGCAAACCAAACCGGAAAAAAAAGAAAAGAAAUAUGAAACAAACAAGAAGUACUAAGUUCCCUUGGACUCUAUGUGUGUAGUUAGGUUUUUCAAUUGAUACAAGCAACAACAACCAUCGAGCAUCAACGACGACGAUAAACGGAUCGCAAACGGUCGCGAAAACCGCCACGCUUUAGGAUCCUCUCGUCGCUCGCGAGGGAGCGAGACGGCGGCCCGUCGAGGUGUCUCGAUGAGGUCAGAUUCCGAGGUCGAGGUCGGACCUUCGACUCUGCUCCGGCCGACCGGUGAAUGUCGUCGGAACAGAACGUACGAGCGCAAUGCGCGGCAGAGCGAAUGUUUCGACGGCUGCAGGUCGCGGAGCGACGCCGGGCUGACGCGUCACACACAUACACACACAUGCAUACACACCACACACACACACACAUAUAUACACGUUCCAUACACAUCACACGCGUGUGAACACGCCGGGACGAGCGCCGCCGACUCGCGUCCCCCCUGAUGACCUCUCGCGACCGAUUCUUCUUUUCGAAGGGCUCGUUAAGGCUGAUUUGUUCCGAGACUUGGUUGCCUCGCCAUGUACGCGAUUAGUUUUAUUACUUAUAAGGUACUUAUAUAUCCGUAGUUAGGGAUCAUUAGAGACUACUACGCUCCCUCCCCUCCGUCAGCGAGUCGCCGGCCAUACCCUCCUCCCUAAUCGCAGGGGCAGCAACGCACGAUGUCUGUCUCUACCUCGGGGGAGGUGUGUGAGUUUUAUCCAGCGUCGCGAGUCGCCCACGUUAAUCUCGGCGCUCUCCCUCCCUCGCUGCUCGCGAUAGACGCGUUCUACGAUUGUUUUCGACCCUUAGCCAGUAUUAUGUUGAUGUAAUAAAAAAAUCUUUAAUUGCACCUU